UAACCUGAAAAAUCGUCUAUCGAAAUGAAACAAGAGUUUUUAUCCGCUUUUAUCUAUUGUUAACUCAAUUUAUUGCUGAAUUUCACGCAACAAACAGUGAUAAUUAAAAGUAUUGCGUACUUAUGUAGUUUCGCUCAAAGAGCGCCAAAUAACAAUAAAGGCGUGUUUUGUGCAGAAAAUGGUAGAUAUAAAAAGUAAUCCUCCCAUCGGAGAAAACGACUCACAUUACGAGUCGAGGAUACGAGCGAACAGUUUUGGCCGAGGUUCUGGCACAGGAACGUCAACACCAUCAUCCUCUUCUGAUUACAUGACGGGGGAGGCAGACGAUAGCUCUGACAGUAAGAGUACCAUACCAUUCAGCUUGAAAUCAGUAGAGACCAUGCUGUCAUUAUCCAAGGAUGCUUCUGAAGAAGAUCUUCAAGAGAUGGUGCGCAAGUGCAAACUGAUGGUGUUGGAGAGUGCCGAAUGUUCGGAUGAGCGUAAAUGGCUUGUUCGACGGCUGAUUGAAUUGCGUUUGCGUGUGCAAGAGUUGCGUGAGACUUCAGAUGAAAAUCUCUUUGAAACGCGCGUAAUUCUCGGUCAUCACUUCGUACCGCAGAAGUACUAUAUUACCACGUCUAGUUCAGUUUAUUGCGACCAUUGCAGCGGCGCGAUUUGGACGAUGCUGCAGUCGUGGUACAUGUGCAACGAUUGCAAAUUCAGUUGUCACUGGAAGUGUUUGAACAAUGUGUGUCGUGUAUGCGUGCAUGUAGUCGCCAGUGAAGCUGGCGGAUACACGCACACGAAGGAUAUCUGUCCGGAGCAAGGCCUCUCGAAGCAAGGCUACCGUUGCGCGGAAUGUAAAGUGCGAAUAACAUUCACUUUCUCAAAAGGAUUAUCGUUAUCCUGCUUCGGCAAUUCCUUUAAGAAUGCAGAAUCAGCAUGGGUAGAGCCUCGACUUUGCGACUACAGCGGUUUAUAUUACUGUCAAAGAUGCCAUUGGAACACAGCCAUGGUCAUUCCUGCGAGAGUAAUCAGAAAUUGGGACAUGGAGCCGCGUCUGGUGUCUCGCGCCGCAGUGCAGCUUUUGAUGCUUUUGGAGGAUCGUUCCGUACUAACGCUAGAAGAAUUAAACCCGAAACUCUUUACCUUAGUUCCGGAUUUAUCACUUGUAAAGCGAAUGCGAGAGGAAAUGCAGAUGAUGAAGAAGUAUUUAGUUCUAUGCGUGGAAGCUUGCACUCAGGGAUUACCGUGGAAGAUUGGAUUGCGCACACAUAUGAUCGAAAAUUCGGGUAAUUAUUCCAUCAAGGAUCUCAUUGAUCUUCAAAGUGGUAUUCUCUUAGACGAGCUUCGUACUGCGUACGAUACGAUGCACGCGCACAUUACGCAGCAAUGCGAGCUCUGUAAGGCAAGGGGACACUUAUGCGAAAUAUGUGGCAAUGACGAGGUAAUCUAUCCAUGGGAUGCCAGCUCGGUUAUCUGUCAGCAAUGCUCGGCAGUGCAUCAUCGCGUUUGUUGGGCCAAGCGUAAUCAUUGCUGCCCACGGUGUGCACGUCUGCAAAAACGUCGCGCUCUACAGGGACAAACGAUGCAGGACGGCGAAGACUGUGAUACAGACGACACCGCAAAGGAUUCUUAAAUGAAAACGUGGUAAAAUAUUAUUCGUACAGCGAUUUAUACUUUGUACCUGUUAUUUUUUUAAGCAGAUCAAAUCGAUUGCAAUCUGUAAUUUUUAUAUAUAUCACACGCAAAAGUUUGUACAUAGGUUUUCUAAUUAUGAAUUUAUAAUUGUAUUAUAUGAUUUUUUUGUAAUGCGCGGUCUAAUUGGUGAGAUUAUACAAGUGCCACAUUUUUAAAAAUAAUUGUCAAACUUGCCAAUGCACGAAGUACCAUAAGUACAUAUGUAGUGCCCGCAAGCAGUAUAAUCAUUCAUCGAACUCUACAGAGCAAUUAAUUGCGAUGUUAUACUUUUAUGUUUUAGAAAAAUGUUUACUAGUAAUAAAUCAUCUGCUGCAUAUUCUAUAUAUAUGUAAUAUGUAUCAAUUAUGGAAAUUAUAGCGAAUUAAUAGAUAAAC